GCGUGCGAUAAUUUUUUCACUUUGGUGAGUUUUGAUUUUCACUUCACUUUCCUACCGUUUCCAGUAUUUCUUGCCUUCCUCUUUCUAUGAAUUGGUAGCUUUCUUUAGUUGUCACCCAAAUCAAGAUGCUUCCAAUGUUCUUUUGAUUGCAUGCUCAGCAGGUUUAUCAUGAUUUUCUUGUUGAUUUUGAUGUAGUGGACGAAUACAUGAUAUAUUAUGAGUUUGGUAUGUUUAGUUUGGUAACAUCUCACAGUAUAUCAAACACAGUAUAUCAGACACUUCAAGAUAGUAUGUAUGGUAGCUCUUAGUUAGUAUCUAGCUGAGAGAAUUAAUAAAGGUCAUAUAUGAGAGGUGACGAUUAGCAUGAUUCAUAUGGUUUUUGCUAAACAGCUUUAAGACUUUCUCCUUUGCUGAUCGUUUUAGUUUAGCUUGUAUAUACAGUAACGAGACAAACUUUGCAUGUAUAAUCAAAUUCGAUAGAGCGUGUUGUGAUCACCUUGCUGCCUUGACUAUUGUUAUUAUCAUCAGGCUAAUCAUGCCUUAUGAUUCUGCUAUAGAGUUGGCAGUGAAUAGGGGUGAGUGAAGGAGUUUUUCUAGAGUGAACACUUUACCUGCAGAGAAGUUAAAUUCUGAUAAACUAGAGCCUGAUUUGAUCAAUCCUAAGUUGGAUCAUAAACCUGAAGUGUGAUUCUUAUUCUUUCUAAUAAUUAACAUUAGUCUAAGUGUUACUGAUUUCCUAGUAAUUUGUGCUUUUAAUGUAAACUCUGAUCUGGUUUACAUCUAAUAUAAACCUGAACACUUUAAUGUUAAGAGCAGUCGAGGACUCGAGGUGGACUAAGGAUUACAUGGAUAAAAGGAUUAAAGAGGAUAGGUAAUAAUUGGGUAUACAGGUUCAUAUUGCAGUGAAUAGGGGUGAGUGAAGGAAGAUGAUUUAUGCGAAUGACUGAUGGGUGACAUGUGGAGAGAAUGCUCUUGCUGGUUGUUGAUCAUCUGUUACAUUCUUACUUGUGAUCACUAAUCUAAUUGGUGUUUCCUAUGGAGACCAUUUUUGUUUAUAGCUGUUGGUCCGGUGCAUUGAGCCUUGUGCAGCCACUUUGUGCAUAAUGCGUUUUGGUUGUGGCUUAAACCGGUCGCUAAUUAGCGACUGCCUAAGCGGUCGCUAAUGAGCGUCUGUCUUUGGCGGUCGCUAAUUUGCGUCUCCGGUGAAGCGGUCGCUAAAUUUCAAAUAUCGGACGCUAAAUAUUUAGCGUCCGCUUUGCGGACGCUAUUUGGAGAAUUAGCGACCAAGGUUUUGCAUCAGCCGUUUAGCGUCCGUCGGCGGACGCUAAUAUAUUUAGCGUCUGAUUCCGUGUUUUUAGCGUCUGAUUUUGGCGGACGCUAAAGUCUGACAUUCUUGUUGUGUUGGUUCCUUCUAAUAUUGUGUCUCAAAUCUGCUCUAUUUAUAUUCCUUCUAAGUCCCAACCAGACUCGCUGAUUUGGGGCCUCACUGCACGGCUGAUGGUGAAUAUUAUGUGAAAUCAGGAACACUUCUUGCUCAAGGUAUGCUCCCCUUUAAUAAUGAAAAAGUUGAGUAUAACUGGAUUUGGAGUCUUAACGUCCUUCCUAAAAUAAAAAACUUUCUUUGGAAAGCUUGUAAUGAUGGUCUCCCUUCUAAGAGUCGAUUAGAAAAGAGCCAUAUUUAUUUACCUCAACAGUGUGUCUUUUGCAAUACCAAUGGGGAAUCUAUUGCCCACCUUUGUUUUGCAUGUCCAUUCAUAAUAGAUAUUUUUUUGGCAUCUUAAUGCUAGUUUUUCUUGGCUGAUUCCCCCUUCAUGCCUGCAGUCUAUUGAUCUUCCUCCUUUACAUCAGUGUUAGAAUCUUGCCAUAGUAUUUCUUCCAACACUACUACAAAACAGGGCAAAGAUAACACCCCUAAAUUAACACUUAUUUUAGCAACUAUUAUGUAAAGUCUAAAUUUAACGUUUUAACAUCAAAACUGUUAUCUUAACUUGUAUUGAUAAUAUAUUCUUAACAAUUAUCUUAAUGUGUGUUAUCUUUGCUAUGAAAUUAGUAUGUGUUAUUCUAUUAUUAUUAUUAUUAUUUUAAAAGGGAUGUGGUGCUUUAUUACUAAUAAUAAAAAAUAUGUCAAAAUAAUUAUAUUAUAGUCCAUUUAUUUGGCUAGAAAUUAAGAGCACUUUCUACAUAAACCACUUGCUCUAAAACAUAAAAUAGAAACCGCAAACCCUUUUCUUUCACUUUUCAAUUGCUGUAAUUGAAGUCUAAGGUAUCGUUUGGUUGCACAUGGGAAGUUGAUCUUCCCUUGAUUUUUCACUUCCCAUGAAAUUUCACUUCCUAGGAAGUAAAGAAAAUUGUUUGGUAAGCUAUGGGAAGAUGGAAUUCCCAUGGGAAGUGGCACUUACCUAGGGGGAACUAGGUAAGCAACUUCCCCCAUUGUGUGGGAAGUAGAACUUCCUAGGAAGUGCAAAUUCCCAUGAUUUUGCCAACAAAACCACUUCAUAUACUUCUACUUCCUAGGAAUUUGCACUUCCCAUGAUUUGUUUUGUCAACCAAACAAGGCCUAAGUAUUGUACAUAACCACUUGCUCGUACCUCCGAUUUCCCCUUCAGUUUCCAGCUCCGGUGAUCAUCUCCGAUGAAGCUUCAUCCCUCACAGUCUCAAUUUCAUUCGAGAAGACAACGUGGAUAUAUUCAUCGAAAUUCGCAACUUCAUUAUGCCCAGUAAAUCGAUUUGGGAGAAAUCGACAACCAUAAUUGCCAUUCUUAAUAACAAUUUAUAGGGAAUUCUUAAUUUUCAAGCCCUUGUGUAUUCUUAAUACAUAAAGAAACUGAUAUUUAUGGCUUUAUUGUUCGAAUUUUGAUAAUUUAAUCAAUUUUCUAGUUUCUUUGAUUGGUAAUUUUGCUUUAUUAGUGGUGGCCGAUUUGGCGGAGAAAAAAAAUGAGACGAGAAAUUUUCACUACGUUUUCAUACAAAUUUUACUAAUGAAUGAUAGAGGAUAUUAGUUUAUAUUGAACAUAAAAUUGCAUUGUUUCUGGGUUGUUGUUGUUGCUCGUGUUUUCCUCCCUUCUUUCGUUGAUGCUACUCUGUUGUUGUGUUGCUGUUGUCGUUGUUGUUUGUCGCUGAUGUUGUUGUGGCAUCGUUGGCACCGUCGUGUGCAGGUGGUGCUGUUUAUCGUUGUUUCUUGAUGUUUCUUGAGGUGGUGUGCACCUUUUCUCUAACCUUCCAGUCAGUUUUAGAUUGUUUAGUAUUGAUUGAAUUUAUGAUUAAUUGAAUGAUGUUGUGGUGGUGUUGUUCUUGUGGCUUUGUUGGUGUUGCUUUACAUGUCGAAGCUCUAAUCGAUUGCCUUAGGCAAUGUUGCUAUUGUUGUUAUGUUAUGUUCUGCUCCGUGAUACUCCCUAUACUUGAGUUCUUUAAUUUUAAUUUCUCUGUCUCCACCUGUUUUAUAUUGUUGAUUGACUUUCAUGAGAUAGGGACACUUGGUGAAGCUUAAAGGGACUCCGAUGCUUGCAAGCCCUGAAGAUGUGGCUGCCAUCCGGGCAUUGAGGUUAAAAAGUUCCGAAAAGAGCAAGUUGACCCAAGAUCAUAAUGACUUUAGGAAGUUGCUAAUAGUGCUGUCUAAAGCAGGCAAAGUUUAUGCAUUGCAUACUGGAGAUGGACAUGUUGUUUGGUCCUUUUUUGCCUAAUUUGCGAAAGUAUGAGACAUGUGAAAACCCUGUUGCUCUUAACAUGUACCAGUGGCAGGUUCCUCAUCAUCAUGCCAUGGAUGAAAAUCCAACUGUUCUAGUUGUUGGCCGCUGUGGAAAUCAAAUUGAUGCCCUUGGCAUUCUUUUGAUUUGUUGUCACCUACUUGGGGAAGAAGCUUAACUCUUUAGGAUUAACCCAUUCUAUUGUCGAUGUCAUUGCAUUGCCAUUUGCAAAUUCAACAGAAAAGCGUCUUCAUCUAAUAGUUGAUGUAGUUAAAAAUAUUCCAGGCUUUCCAGCACUAGUUUUGGGUGUCAAAGAUAAGGCUUUGACCGAGUGGGAACUUCAACCAGCUUAUUACUAUCAGCUUUGAUUCGGAUUCAAUUUUCGUUGCGACGCAGAAUUAUAUAAUGUCUAAAGAUGAGUGUGAAUAUCUCAUCAAACUUGCGUCACCUCACAUGGAAAAGUUAAAAGUUAUCGAUGAGAAAACUGGCAAGAAUAAAGACAGCAGGGUGCGUACUAGUUCAGGAACAUUCCUUCCUAGAGGCCGGGAUACAAUCAUCAGGGCCGUAGAGCAGAGAAUUGCGAAUUUCACUUUCCUUCCUGUAGAGCAUGGUGAAGGUCUUCAAGUUCUUCAUUAUUACGAAGUUGGGCAGAAGUACGAGCCUCACUUUGACUACUUCUUGGAAGAUUAUAGCACUGUCACCGGCGAUCAACGGAUAGCCACAAUUCUCAUGUAUCUCUCUGAUGUUGAAGAAGGGGAUGAGACAGUAUUUCCUUCUGCAAAAGGAAAUUUCAGUGAUGUACCUUAUUGGAAUGAGUUAUCUAAAUGUGGUCAAGAAGGCCUUGCGGUCAAACCAAAGAUGGGUGAUGCUUUGUUUUUCUGGAGCUUGAAGCCUGAUGCUUCUUUGGACCCCUCAAGUUUACAUGAGUUUCGUAGAGAUUGGGUUGAAGCACUCAAGUUUUAUGAGGAUGCAUAUCAUGCGUUGAGGGAGUACUAUCAAGACAUUGGUCCAACCUAUUCUCAGGAGAAAAUUGAUGAACUCGGAGAGUUGUGGAUUACAUAUGUCGGAGAUCAACACGAAGUACAAAUGAUGAAUGAGUUUUCGUGCUGCUGGGUGGGAAGUUAAAAUAUUGCCUACUUAGCUUAAUUGCUCGUUCUUUGCAAUGUCAAAUGCUUCAGCUGUUUAUAUCUACGAGGAUAAGGAACAAGAUGAAUAUGAGGACCGACUCAGCAAAUUAACAGAUGAUAUUCUUCUUUCCAUCCUAUCCCGUGUUGAUAGAAAAGAUGCUACAAGAACUAGCAUCCUUUCGAGAAGCUGGAGAUAUUUGGCAACUUAUCUCACAAGUAUGGACUUUGACGUUUCACAAACAUUGCUUGUAGAGGAUAUGCUCCAACACAAGUCAAGAUUUGUGAAUUGGGUAAAUCAGGUAGUGAGUUCGCAUCGUGCCCCAUUCAUUAAUGACUUUAGAGUUUGCUUUCCAUUGGAUUCGACUGAUUCACAUUAUAUAGAUAUGUGGAUCAAAUUUGCUAUCUCGAAAAGAGUUAAGAAGUUGGAGCUGGAUCUGGCUUUGGCUUUGAGUCACCAGAUAGAUGAUGAUCACCUUCGUUAUUAUUCCUUAUCAUCUGAUGUUUUCAAGGGUUCUCCAUGUGAGAUUGGGAUAAGCUACGACCUAACAUCCAUAUUUUUAAAGGAUGUUGACAUAAGGGAAGAGACACUACAACUGCUUUUGUCUCGUUGUCCUCUAAUAGAAAGACUAUACAUUAAAGGAGCAGAAAAUCUUUCAAAUGUGAAGAUCAUAAACUUGUCUGAGAAGUUGAAAUACUUGGCAAUACGCGAUUGCCUUGGUUUGAAUGAAGUUAACAUACAUGCUGCGAGUCUUGAAUAAUUUGAAUUUCAAACCUGCUACACAAGGACAAGACUAGUAUAUGCUUGUGUUCCAUCACUUGUUGAAGUAUCUUUCAGUUGGCCAUGCUAUGAUCACGAUUACUUGUAUUCAAAUAUAAUGCAGAUCAAAAGGUUCAAUAAGCAGCUGUCUACUCUUUCCCUUAAUAUGAAUAUGGACCAUAUGAUGGUCUCUUUCCUUCGUUUCCUAAUGUCAAAUUCUUGAACUUGCGAGUUGUGGUCGAAAACCAUGAAAAGCUUCUUUCGUUAGUGGGCAUUAUUGCAAAGGCGUGUCCUUUAUUGGAUGAAUUAAAGCUUGAGGU